ACUGUCAAUUGACAAAUGUCAUCUCAUUGGAUUUACUUGGUGGCGUAAAUGAUUGUUAUUUGUUUAUUUUCCUGCUGGUAUAAAUAUUUAUAAUUCAAAUCGCAUGUGAAGUUCAUUUAUAAGUUAGCUAUUCGCGAUUCAAGAUGUUACGUACAAAGAUUUACAUAGCUAUUAGCACUUUAGGCUCAAUCUUAGGUAUUGCAGCUUUUAUAUGUUUUUGUCUAGUUUACGCCAACGUAGAGGCUGGAAUGUGGGCAUUGUUGUCCGGUAUACAUGCAUGUUUAACCCUUGUUUUGCACUGUCAUUAUCUGAAGGAGUCUUUGCAUGUUAACUUCUCAAGGAAAGCUUUGCAAUAUCUCGGAGAUUUUGGAAUUGUCGGCUUUGUAUCUGGAUUAGCUCUGACAUUAUUUUACACAUUCUUGGAAUUCUAUUAUAAACAAGGUGUCAUUCCAGUUCAGACGAGUAUCGUAAUCCGUUUGAUAUGGUCGUUUGCGAUGAUGAAAUGGGGUCUAACUCUCUAUUUGUUCACUAAGAAAUAUUUACGUACAUACAAUGAUCACCAACUAUUCUCCGAGAAUCCUAAUAUUGAAGAAACAUAAAUCUAUAGUCGGUUUGACUCCUAUCACUUGUAUUACAUGAUUUCGUCCCUUUCACUCUCUUUUGACAAAACGAAGACAACAUAAGUAUUGGCAGUGGAGUUUUACGGUUAGCUAAAAUAUUUGUGAUUGAACCUGAAUUAUAUUAAGUUUAAAUAGUUA